GGGCAACAGCGCUGACAGCAUGCUGGGUUGAAUGUCACUUUGAAAAGUUAUUCCUCUUUUGCGAAGGCUCUUAAAAUCCUAUGCGUUUUAAUUUCUGUUAAAGUAAUAUACGAACAAAACAAUGGGUUCUAUAGGAAAAAGACUAGCAGACAACUUGAAAUCGAAGGAGUUCAGAAAUUAUUUGUUGAGCACGCAUUUUUGGGGGCCUGUAGCAAAUUGGGGAAUACCUAUUGCUGCGAUUGCUGACAUCAACAAGGACCCCAAAUAUAUUAGUGGAAAAAUGACUGUCGCUUUAUGUUUAUAUUCUGCCAUGUUCAUGAGAUUUGCCCUAAAAGUGCAACCAAGAAACAUGCUGCUGUUUGCCUGUCAUUUUACAAAUGAAGGUGCACAACUUAUUCAAUUAUCGAGAUUUUUAAAACAUGAAUUCUCAACAAAUAAGGAGAAGUAGUCCACAAUUUUAUUUUAGAAUUAUUUAUGAGGUCAUGGUUUAAUGAAACGUUACUGUGUAUAUGUUUUGCAUAAGUCUGCAUAUCAAGUUAGUCUAAAUAAUUCCAAUUUACAAGUUUUAUAUAAUGUAAAUAUAUAGCACAAAUUUAUUUAUAUACAUUGACUUUUACAAAUAAAUUUGGUUUUUAUACAAAACCC